UCUUAAAAUGGGAGCUUAACAUUAAGUACAUUUGUCUUAAUACAAUAUUACAUACUCUUAAUGUUCUUCAUUGAAAUACGGAUGUAAAAGCUAGAUGAGAGCAUCCUUUAAUUGUUUGAUUCAUUUGCGUAUUUAGUUCACUGUGCAACUCAGCUCUUUCAAUAAACGGCUUGUGUUCGCUCUGCGCGUUCAAAGUGCCACAAAAGUUAAGAUAAUACAAUUAUUUUAAACUUGACAGGAUUAGUGAAAGUUCAUUCGUCACGAUGGCUUGGAUACAGUUUUGCCUCAUUGUAUUUCUUCUUCCCUGGAUAGUGCAGCUAUUUUACGACGCAGCCCCGGAUAAAUGUCUUCGAGGAGGACAAUUUUAUUGCAAUAGUUCCCGGAGAUGUAUCCCCAUAAGUUUUGUUUGUGACGGAGAUGCUUACUGUGCAGGAGCUGAAGAUGAAUUACCUCCUGCCUGCUCCCCGGAUGAAUGCCUUCGAAGGAACCGAUCUUAUUGCAAUAGUUCCCGGAAAUGUAUCCCCACACGUUUGGUUUGUAACGGAGAUCCUAACUGUGCAGGAGGUGAAGAUGAAUCACCUCCUGUCUGCUCCCCGGAUGAAUGCCUUCAACGAGGACAAUUUUAUUGCAAUAGUUCCCGGAGAUGUAUCCGCAAUGGUUUUGUUUGUAACGGAGAUCUUGACUGUCAAGAAGGUGAAGAUGAAUCACCUCCUGUUUGCUCCCUGGAUAAAUGCCGUCAAUCGGGUCAUUUUUAUUGCAAUAGUUCCCGGAGAUGUAUCCUUACGGCUAAUGUUUGUAACGGAAUUAACAACUGUAAAGAUGGUGAAGAUGAGUCACCUCCGGCAUGCACCGUGGAUGAAUGUUUUCGAAGAGACCGGGCCUUAUGUCCAAAUGACAAGUGCAUCUCCACUAGUUGGUUGUGUGACGGAGCUAGGAACUGUCCAUUUGGUGAAGAUGAGUUAGAUUGGACCUGCGGUCUCAAACACCAAUGUGAGUCGAAUCGUUCUAUGAGACACGGCUGUUUGGGUGAAUGUAAACCCGGUUAUUUUGGCAAAUAUUGCGAGAUGAAUUGUUUAAAAAAAUGUUUGAAUGGAAUAUGUGAUAAAUCAAGCGGAAUUUGUAACGAGUGUGCAUCUGGCUAUACUGGCGAUUAUUGCAAUAAACCAUGUUCAAAAGAAUGUUUGAAUGGAAUAUGUGAUAAAUCAAAUGGAAUUUGUAACGAGUGUGUAUCUGGCUAUACUGGCGAGUAUUGCAAUAAAACAUGUUCAAAAGAAUGUUUGAAUGGAAGAUGUAAUAUAUCAAGCGGACUUUGCAAUAACUGUACUCGAACGUAUUUAGAAAGUUGUUCACAAGAAUGUGGCGAGGGAUGUCGAGAAAUAAACGGUUUCCCACAAUGUGACAGGCAAAGUGGCAAAUGCUUCAAUGGCUGUAAGUUUUAUCACUACGGAUUCUACUGCAACAAUACAUGUAAAAACUGCAAACGAAAUUCCUCAACUAGUCCAUGUGAUAACAACGGUGUAUGUCAGUUUGGAUGUGAGAACGAUUAUUGGGACAAGAAGUGCAACUCUAAAUGCAGUGUCAACUGUCAAGGUGACGAUAAUGGAAAAAGGUGUAAUUCAUCCACAGGGGAGUGUAAAAACGGCUGUACUCGUGGAUGGAGUGGGAAAUUCUGUGGGGAAUCCACCGAUAAAGAGAACGUCAACUCUUUAAAGACAACCUUUAUCGUCAUACCAGUUAUUGCCACUGUGGUUGUUGUUGUCGUCGGGAUUAUUUGCUGUUUUUGGGCUCGAAAAAGGUUUAACCGCCAGCUGAAUGAACGCAUUGAGCCGCGCAGAGUAUUUCGUGCACCAAGGCAACAACCCUCUAGGUCUCGGAGACGGCAAAGUUCUGCCCUGUAUGCCGACAUCAACGAAGAAACCAUGGAUCAUUAUCAUUACAUCUGCAAGCAAAACCUUCCAGAUCACUAUGAUAAAAUCAAAGAUCGAAAACCAUGUAUCUGUCCUCCAUGCGUUAGGGAGAGGGUGGACCCUAUUUUAAAUAGAAUUUCCUCGGGGUCUUCCAGUACGACUUUUGUGGAACCUUAUGCUACCGGUGGUGGAAGUUUAAGGAGAAGCAGUAUUCACAGCUACAUAAGCAACAGAGAGUUAAACCCCCGACGCAGCGUCACGACAAAUGAACGUGUUAGUGGAAUCUUGCCUACAAAGGAACUAACGGACGAUAGUUAUUCCCGACGGAGCAUCAUAAAGUUUGACGGCAAAAAUGGACUUGACAGUACCGUCGAAUGUAAGCCCAGACGGAGUGUCUCAUAUUCGGACGGUGAUCUUGGUCGAGUCGGUAAGACAGAUAACACGAACGAAGUUAAACCCCGACCUUGCGGUUCAAAAUCUAAAAGCAGUAUUGAACUUGUGUGCACUCACGAAUAUUUGGACCUUGAAGAACUUUACCAAAAAGCCAAGGCUGAAGAUAAGCGAAAGUUAGCUGCUAAAUAUUUCGACGAAGGGGAAGAAGUUUUUGGUGAAAUAGGACAAUUUCAAGCGAAUUAUAUUCAUGCUAUUGAGAGGGAAGAAUGUGAGGAGCUAAAUAUUGAACUUGAUCAUCUAAAUCUCGGACAAAAUGUAGAGUCUUCCGUAGAAAUAGGUCAAUCAGAACAAAUUGAAGAAAGCUGUUUUGCAAAUGAUAAAGACUUCAGCGUUGAACAGCAACCUGCUCAAUCACAAAACGAUGAAAACUUAGACGACCCAAAGGACACUGAUAGGCGAAGUGAUGAAAUAAAACAAACUGAUACCCUCUUUUAAAGAAGACGAUGCAGGUUUCAUGAUGACUAAAGCGUGUAAUUGGAAUAGCACACCAAAAUAUCUCGUGAGCGAAGAAAAUAUAUUAUCAAUUCUUAGCAAUAUGUAGUAUAUACUAUACAAUGUAAAUAUUCACGUUUGUUUUAUGAACGUAGAACAACUAUGCAGCAAUUUGUGCACUUACGAUAAAGACGAUUUGUUACGAACGCAAAGUUUACAACGCAUUUAGUUAGAUCAGCUUACAUGAUUUUGUCUUAAACAAGAUCUUGGUAUUAAUUUUUAGUGCUUAUGGACUUCAGUGGUACGUUUUAAACAUAUUGAUGUCAUUUUAGUUACCUGCUAUGUUUAUGAAUAUUACUUCAUUCAUGUACAGACGUAUACAUAUAAAUGAUGCUGUACAUAUUAAACCUAAAUUGUACAUAAAUUAUAUUUUUAUUUUGUAAAAUGCGACAUUUCUUUGUAUAUUAUCUCUUACCUGAAACAAAUUCGAUUUUAAAAAUAUACAUGCUUCCUAUAAAUAGAAAAUCAUUAAUUAAAAUUAUUAAAUAUAAUAUUGAAUCGACUAUAUUUUGACUUAUUAUUUAAUAUAAGCUUUUUUAGCUGUUUGAUUCAGGUAAGAAUAUUGUUUUAUUCGGUAAGAGUAUAAUUUAAUGAAAUUCAUUGAUGUUCUUAAAUUAUUUUCCUAAGGCUCUCUAUAUUAUUUACUAGCAUACAAUUGUAGUAGCUAUCGUGUAACUAUGUUAACUUAAAGUAAUAAAAGACACAAACAUACAUGAUGAUGAUGAUGCUGAUGAUGAUGACGUUGCUGAUGGUGAUGAUGAUAAUGAUGAUGUUGCUGCUGAUGAUGAUGAUGAUGAUGAUGAUGAUGUUGAUAAUGAUGAUGAUGAUGGUGGUGGCGGUGAUGAUGCCGAUGAUAAUGAUGGUGACGAUGAUAAUGAUGUUCUAAUUUGUCAGGACUUAAAAUAAAAUAGCAUUACUUUAUCAAUAUAGUGUAUCAUACAGUGAGUAUCUGAUUUUGAUUAACUAUAUAAAAUUAUGUAUAUAUAUAUCACGCCUCCAACAUGAAUGAUGCAACGCUAUUGGUCCAGGACUGGUCACGCGGUGACCCCAUAUUAGUCUAUAUAUGGUCACUUAUCGUUAUAACGUACAAAAAUUGCGUAUUUUUUCGCAUUCCGAUGAAUAAAUGAAACAUUUCUCAGUUAGAGUUGGCGUCUAGAUCAAUGAUUAACAGGUUGGAGACGUGAUAUAUAAGUUACGGGGUUAGUAGGUGACCCAAUAUGGGAUGUACGGGGCGCAUUCAAUCAACCGUAUUCCGUUCACCUUAGUACUAACCUUGUAACUGAUAGAGUAUAUAAUAAUACAUACACGAUAUCAAAUGAAUCAACGUUACUUGUAAUAGUAACAGUUUUAUGAGGUAAUUUAUAUUUGUAUAAAUCGUAUUAUUUUCUUAAUCAUUGUUUAAUUAAUUGUUCAUUGCUUAAA